GCAAACCUGUGUCGACAAAGUGCUAGUCAGAGCGUUACUGCACACUAGACACAGCUCUAUAAAGAUGGAUCGUUCGCUCUGAGUUCGAGCCAACGUCUAUAGUCAGAACAAGUCAACCAGAACAAGUCUUAUUCCUCCUCCUACAACGAGCCACAGUCUAAGUGAUUCAGGGUCUCUUACCUUUCAUUGUCCAUCUCGCCAAAUACCAAGACGUCAACCUCACUCGCCCACCAUGAUACCGCGACCUCAGUUCUUCGUUGUCCGACCUGACACCGAGGUUUUGCGCAAUGAUACCGGAGCAAUUCAAAGGGAACAAGGUCCUAUGGUGCCUUUGGUUGCUGUGGAUGAGCUUCCCGACUGGAUCGACAUCGGCCUACCUCGGGAGCUGACGGUCGAGCAGACCAUGGGGCUCUACAACCUCGGUAUGGUCCCGCACAACGGAGACGCCUAUAGGGUACGGAUUAUCGAGCCUAAUUCUCAAGAGGAAUUCGUAUGGAAGAGAGAUUCGUCCAAAGCCACAUUGGUCUCAAGCGGUGCCUGCGCUCCUGGACAGCGGACCACGGCUCAUCCUGAGCAAUCACAGCGAGUUCAGUAUAACGCAACAGCUGCUCCCACCGGACGUAAUCCCAAUUCGAUCCAUCCCUCUUCCUCCGCGGAACCCUCUCCGCAUACUGCUCACCCCAGCAUGGCAGCGGCAAGCCCCAAUCCAACCAGGUUGACCCGCGCCGAAGACGAGGCGAUGCAUACAAUGCGAUGGGCCGAUCUGGUCGAGAGGAGCAUCGCCCGAGACACCGAAGCACAGGAUCCCCGUUGUCACUCCACCCUCCUCGCCCCUCCUCCUUCUCCCCAGAUCGCAUCUCAUAGUCAUCCGACUGUCCUCCGAGAUGGCAUGUCCGCUAUUGGCACUACAAGUACUGCGGAUCAAAGGGCAAGCGUUCCUCACAACACAAUGGCUACACCACCCAAGCCCGCCGCCAACACCGAUGCCGCAACAACUACUUCCAAUACCACUACGGUAGCUGCCAAUCCUGCUGGUGUCAGCCCGGGCUCUAACACUACAUCCGCCAGCACCGCCUCUUCUGUUCCAGCUCCCCAGGAAUACUGCCGCCACUGGUGUCAACACGGCACCUGCAAAUGGGGCACCUUUUGCCGUCACAAGCACGCCAUGCCCACCACUCUCGAAGGGCUCCUCGAGGUUGGACUGUGCGAGAUUCCAGCUUGGUGGAUUGCUGCUACUGGUAUCGGGAUGGGUACUAGUAACGGCAAGACGAAGAUUGCUGCUGCUGCUACUGGUGCUGGUGGUGGUGGUGGUGGUGGUACUUCUCCCACUACUGGCGCUGGCGGCAACGGCGGCGGCGGCGGCGGCAGCGGUGCUCAUCCUCCACCCGUCCCCUGUACUCCCAUGGCUCACAAUAUCCAUCACGUACUACCAGCCAUGAUGGGAGCAGGAGGAGUGGGAGGAGUAGCAGCAAUGAAACUAAGCAACAGAAAACUCAAAGCCCAACAGCGCGAAUUCAACCAGCGCCUCCGCCUGCUCAGCUCCAUGUUGAUUCCCCCGGGGUACGGUAGUCCUCACUACCCGCUUCGUCAUCCUGCUGAUGCGUUGUUGAUGCAUGGAAUGCAUGGAUAUGGUUCUGGUGGCCCUGGUCAACAACAACAACUGCAACAAAUGCAACAACAGAUGCAACAGCAACAGCAGCAGCAGCAGCAGCAAAGACUUGAACGUAAGGGAGAAAAGACGCCGCUGGAUAGGAAUCGCAAGAAUGUCAAGGUGACUUUUAAUGAGGAUGGGACGGUGAGUCUUGUUACCGCUGAUGAUGGGGGUAAGAAGGGGGGUGUUGUUGCUGCUGUUCAGGGACAACAAUCUGGAGGGGAGACGGCUGGGACUGCUUCUUCUUCUGCUCCUGCCGGUGCUGGUGCUGGUGCUGCUGCUUCGGUGGCGGCGGUAUCGAAUGCCGCCGAGACGGGAAAACCCGCCGCUGGCGAUAACGGAGUGACUGACGAAAUGGACAAGAGAAAGGAGAAUGAGGGACCCAAGGAUAUGAGGCCGGUAAAGAAGGGCCUUGCGGCGUCUAUGCAUGCUCCCAAGCAGGAUCAGGGGCAGGUGGUAGUCACGAUUCCGGGCAGCAUGAAAGUCACCUGUGAGGAUGAAAGUGAGGGCGGGAGUGUGGUGCAGCUGGCUGAUGUUCCGCGGCUGGUGGAGAUCUAGAGACCGAUUGGUGUUGAAUAGAGUUUGCGUUUCGGAUCAAGACAUGGACGACUUGUUCUUCUGAGGAUGAUGAAGCAUCGGAUGUGAGUGUAGUAGGUCAAUGAACAUAGGUAGAGUUAGGCCUGAACAACAAUAUCUCGGAAAGUGAAGCCAACAAACUUGAAUGCUUAUGUGAUCAAUCAUCUCUACGCCCUAGAUAGCCAACAGCUUCCAUUGUUUCUUAGUCCAUCGGCAUCCCUCAUCACCGGCCGGCCAGACUAG